UUCCCACUGGUGAGUCGGCUAGCUUGAAUCUGCAGGACAAUGCCUCACCUUCUGGACAGCAUCGGCACCAUCAUCAACGUCUUUUACCAAUAUGCGACGGAGGACAGGGAGGGCUCCAGCCUGUCCCGGAGGCAGAUGAGACUGUUUAUCCAGAAGGAGUUUGCCGAUGUCCUUGUGAACCCAUAUGACCCACUGAUGAUAGACACGGUGCUGCGGCUCCUUGAUCAGGAUGGUGACGGAUCAAUAGACUUCCCCGAGUUCCUGAUUCUGUCAUUUAGAGUGGCUCAGGCCUGUUACAGCUACUUGGCACCAAAACCAGGGCUCCAGGAAAGGCAGGAGCAGGGAAGAAGAAGUAAAGAGUUGAAUGAGCUUGAAGCAAAAGCAGAUAGAGGGAGGAGCCAUCAGUUACGUGAGCCUGAACCAAGAGUUGGCAGAAGAAGACAUCCUGAGGACCCAGAACGAAAGCCUGAACCACGGAGGGAUGAGGGGAGACGACAACAAUCUCUAGAGCCAGAACAACAAGUGUAUGAGGGAAGACGUCAUCAAUCACAUGACCCAGAACAGCGAGAGGAGGUGAGGAGUCGGUCUCAGCCACGUGACAUCACGCAAAGCCAUGAGAGAAGCCAACGUCAAGUACUUGAACACGAGCCUCCGCUUUAUGAGGAAAGCCACCGUCAGCCACAUGAACAAGAAUGCCGAGAGAAGGUGAGGAGCCGCUCGCAGCCACGUGAUACCAACACACAAGCCUAUGAGAGAAACCGACGUCCAGUACUUGAACGUGAAUCCCAGCUUGACAAGGAAAGCCAUCGUCAGCCACGUGAACCAAAGAAGCAAGAGGAGGUGAGGAGCCGCUUUCAGUCACGAGAGCCUGAACCACGAUGGGAUGAGGGAAGACAACGUCAGCCCCUAGAGCCAAAAGAGCGAGAGGAGGUGAGGGGCCGCUCUAAGCCACGUGACACUGAUACACAAACCUAUGAGAGAAGCCGACGCCCUGUGCUUGAACCUGAACCCCAACUUUAUGAGGAAAGACACCACAAGCCACGUGAACCAGAACAGCGAGAGGAAGUGAGGGGCCGCUCUCAGCCACGUGACACUAAUAUACAGAUCUAUGAGAGAAGCCGACAUCCAGUGCUUGAACCUGAACCCCAACUUUAUGAGGAAAGACACCAUCAGCCACGUGAACAAGAACAACGAGAGGAAGCAAGGAGCCGUUCCCAGCCCCAAGAGCCAGAACAACUAGUGUAUGAGGGAAAAGGCCGUCGGCCACAUGAGCCAGAAGAGCGAGAGAAGGUGAAGAGCCGGUCUCAGCCACGUGACAUUGAUGCAGAAAGCUAUGAGAGAGGCCAACGUCCAAUACUUGAACGUGAACCUCAACUUUAUGAAGAAAGCCACCGUCAGCCACGUGAACAAGAACAGCAAGAGGCAGUGAGGAGCCACUCACAGACCCAAGAGCCAGAACAAGUGUAUGCAGGAAGACGUCGUCAGCCACUUGAACCAGAACAGCGAGAGGAGGUGAGGGGCCGCUCUCAGCCACGUGACAAUGACACACAAACCCAUGAGAGAAGCCAACGUCCAGUACUUGAACAUGAACCUCGACUUUAUGAGGAAAGCCGCCGUCAGCCACAUGAACCAGAACAGCGAGAGGAAGCAAGGAGACGUUCCCCGCCCCAAGAGCCAGAACAACCAGUGUAUGAGAGAGGACGUCGUCAGCCACGUGAACCAGAACAGCAAGAGGAGGUGAAGAGCCGCUUUCAGCCAUGUGACACUGACACUCAAAGCUUUGAGAAAAGCCGACAUCCAGCACUUGAACGUGAACCUGAACUUUAUGAGGAAAGCCACCGACAACCACGUGAACCAGAACAGCGAGAGAAGGUGAGGAGCCGCUCUCAGCCCCAAGAGCCUGAACCACGAGGGGAUGAGGGAAGACAUCAUCAGCUACAUGAACUGGAACAGGGAGAGGAGGUGAGGAGCCACUCUCAGCCACGUGGCAAUGACAAACAAACCCAUGAGAGAAGCCAACGUCCAGUACUUGAACAUGAAUCUCAACUUUAUGAGGAAAGCCGCCGUCAGCCACGUGAACCAGAACAACGAGAGAAAGCAAGGAGACGUUCCCCGCCCCAAGAGCCAGAACAGCCAGUGUAUGAGGGAGGACAUCGUCAGCCACGUGAACCAGAACAGCAAGAGGAGGUGAGGAGCCGCUUUCAGCCACGUGACACUGACACUCAAAGCUUUGAGAAAAGCCGACGUCCAGCACUUGAACGUGAACCUGAACUUUAUGAGGAAAGCCGCCGACAACCACGUGAACCAGAACAGCGAGAGAAGGUGAGGAGCCGCUCUCAGCCCCAAGAGCCUGAACCACGAGGGGAUGAGGGUAGACAUCGUCAGCUACAUGAACUGGAACAGCAAGAGGAGGUGAGGGGCCGCUCUCAGCCACGUGGCAAUGACAAACAAACCCAUGAGAGAAGCCAACAUCCAGUACUUGAACGUGAACCUCAACUUUACGAGGAAAGCCACCGUCAGCCACGUGUAACAGAACAGCAAGAGGAAGCAGGGAGCUGUUCUCAGUCCCGAGAGGCAGAACAACAAGUGUAUGAUGGAAGAGACCAUCAGCCUUGUGAACCAGAACAGCAAGAGGAGGUGAGAAGCCGCUCUCAGCCACGAGAACCCAAACCACGAGGGGGUGAGAGAAGACGUCAUUUGCCACAUGACCCAAAACAGCGAGAGGAGGUGAAAAGUCACUCUCAGCCAAGUGACACUGACACGCAAACCUAUGAGAGAAGCCAACAUCCAGGACUUGAAUGUGAACCUCAACUUUAUGAGGAAAGCCACCGUCAGCCACGUGAACCAGAACAACAAGGUGAGGUGAGAAGCCGUUUUCAGCCCCAAGAGUCAGAACAACAAGUGUAUGAGGGAAGACGACAUCAGCCACGUGGACCAGAACAACAAGAAGAGGUGAAGAGUCGCUCUCAGCCACAUAACGCUGACACGCAAAACUCUGAGAGAAAACAACAUCCAGCACUUGAACGUGAACCUCAGCUUCAUGAGGAAAGAAGCCGUCAGCCACGUGAACCAGAACAGCGAGAGGAGGUGAGGAGCCGUUUUCAGCCCCAAGAGCCAGAACAACAAGUGUAUGGGAGACGAGGCCAUCAGCCACGUGACCCAAAACGAGAAGAGGUGAGGAGCUGCACUCAGUGGCAUGAGACUGACACACAAAACUACGAGAGAAGCCAACAUCCAGUGCUUGAACGUGAAUCCCAGCUUUAUGAGAGAAGCCGCCGUCAGCCACGGGAACCAGAGCAGCAAGAGGAGGUGAGGAGCCACUUUCAGCCACAAGAACCUGGACCACGAGGGGAUGAAGGAAGACAACGUCAGGCCCUAGAGCCAGAACAACAAGUGUAUGAGGGAAAACGUCGUCAGCCCCUAGAGCCAGAACAGCAAAAGGACAUAAGGAGCCGCUUUCACCCAUCUGACACUUACACGCAAAGCUAUGUGAGAAGCCAACGUCCAGCACUUGAACGUGAAUCUCAAUUUUAUGAGGAAAGCCCCCGUCGUCAACCACGUGAACCAGAACAGCGAGAGAAGGUGAAGAGCCGCUCUCAACCCCAAGAGCCUGAACCACAAGGGAAUGAGAGAAGACAUGGUCAGCCAUAUGGACCAGAACAGCGAGCAGAGGUGAGGAGCCAGUCUCAGCCACGUGACAGUGACACACAAACCUAUGAGAGAAGCCAACGUCCAGUACUUGAACGUGAACCUCGACUUUACGAGGAAAGCCACCGUCAGCCACGUGAACCAGAACAGCGAGAGAACUUGAGGAGCCGCUCUCAGCCACAUGACACUUACACACAAACCUAUGAGAGAAACCGACGUCCAAUACUUGAACGUGAAUCCCAACUUUUUGAGAGAAGCCACGGUCAGCAUCUCAAAACAGACCAUCGAGAAGAACUGAGGAGCCGCUUUCAGCCACAAGAGCCUGAGCCACGAGGGCAUGAGGGAAGACAACGUCAGUCCCUAGAGCCAGAACAACAAGUGUAUGAGGGAAGACAUCGUCAGCCACGUGAACCAGAACAGCGAGAAGAGGUGAGGAGCCGCUCUCAGCCACGUAACGCUGAAGCACAAAGCCAUGAGAGAAGCCGAUGUCCAGAAUUUGAACAUGAACCUCGACUUUAUGAGGAAAGCCGCCAUCAGCCACGUGAACCAGAACAGCGAGAGGAGGUGAGGAGCCGCUCUCAGCCACGUGACAAUGACACACAAACCUAUGAGAGAAGCCAACGUCCAGUACUUGAACGUGAACCUCGACCUUAUGAGGAAAGCCGCCGUCAGCCACGUGAACCAGAACAGCGAGAGGAGGUGAGGAGCUGCUCUCAACCACGUGACAAUGACACACAAACCUAUGAGAGAAGCCAACGUCCAGUACUUGAACAUGAACCUCGACUUUAUGAGGAAAGCCACCGUCAGCCACGUGAACCAGAACAGCGAGAGGAGGUGAGAAGCCGGUCUCAGCCACGUAACAAUGACAUACAAAUCUAUGAGAGAAGCCAACGUCCAGUACUUGAAUGUGAACCUCGACUUUAUGAGGAAAGCCGCCGUCAGUCACCUGAACCAGAACAGCGAGAGGAAGCAAGGAGCCGUUCCCAGCCGCAAGAGCCAGAACAACCAGUGUAUGAUAGUGGACGCCAUCAGCCACGUGAACCAGAACAGCAAGAGGAGGUGAGGAGCCGCUCUCAGCCACAUGAGCCUGAACAAGUGUCUAGGGAGAGCUACUGUGAGCCACGAGUCCCAGAACAAAGGGAGGUGAAGGACUGUUAUCAGUCAAGAGAGUCUGAACAAGUGUAUGAGGAAAGCCGCCAUCAGGUCUAUGAGCCAGACCAACAAAGAGAGGUGAGGAGCUGUUACCAGCCACAUGUCUCUGAACCACGAGUAGAUCAGGGAAGGCAACAUCAGCUACGAGUGUCAGAAGAACAAUAUGAGGGAAGGCGCCAUCAGCCACAUGAGGCUAAAACACAAGCCUAUGAGCGAAGUCGCCAUCCAUUCCUUGAACGUGAACCAGAAAGGUAUGAGGGAAGUCGUAUUCAACUGCGUGAGCUAGCACAAGAAGGGGUGAGGAACCGCUUUCGGCCACGUGAGCGUGGAGCACAAACAGACAAGAGAAGCCACCAUGAAUUGAGUGAACGUGAGCCUCAAGUGGAUGAGGAAAGAUGCCGUCAACUCUGCAAGCCAGAACACCUAGGGGAUGUGAGAAGACCCUAUCAACCAUACGAACGUGAACAACAAGUGAACGGCAGGAGACUUCGUCAAUCCCGAGAGCCAGAACAAGAGCAUGAGGGAAGCCAUCAUCAGCCCAGUGAAGCAGAAUGGCCAGCGGAGGUGAGGACCCACUAUCUGCCACGUGAGCCUGAAUAUAUGCAUGAAGGAAGACGCCGUCAGGUCCAGGAUGCAGACCGCCAAGGGGAGGUGAGGAGCCACUAUCAACCACGUGCACCUGACACACGAGCAUUUGAGGGAGCUCACCGUCCAUUAUUUGAACAAGAGCCACAACUGUAUGAGAGAAGCCGGAGGCAGCCACCUGAGCCAGACCAGCUGGGGGAGGAAAGGCGCCACUAUGAGCCACGUGUGCCUGAAAGACAAGUCAAUGAGGAGAGCCGACACCAGGCCCACAGAAUUGAACUGCAAGUUUAUGAACAAAGCCGGGAUCUCCUAUGUGAGCCUGAACCACGAGUGGAUGAGCAGAGACAACGUCAUCGCCAAGAGCCAGAACAACAAGUGUACAAGAGAAGCCGCCAUCAGCUCAGUGAAGUGGAACAAGGUGAGGUGAGGAGCCACUCUCAGACACGUGAGCGUGAACAAGUGCCUAAGAGUCACCACCAGCCACGGGACCCAGAACAGAGGGGUGCAAAAGAUCGUUAUCUGUCAAGAGAACCUGAACAAGUGUAUGAAGAAAGUCACCGUCAGGUCUGUGAACCAAACCAGCAAGGGGAGGUGAGGCGCUGCUAUCAGCCACGUGAGACUAAACCACAAGCAUUUAAAGGAAGACACUGUCAGCUGCUUGAAUGUGAACCUCAACUGUACGAGGGAAGACAUGAGGUUAAGCAAGCGGAUGAGGGGAGCCAUCUCCCUCUAGAGCCAGAGCAAAGGGAAACGAGGAGCCUUUAUUGCCUUUAUGAUGGGCAUCAGCAUCAGCCUCAUCAGCUUGAGCAGCGAGUGGAUGAUGGAAGCCGAUAUCAGCACCAUGAGCCAGAACAACUAAGAGAUGUGAGGAGUCGCUAUCAACCCCGUGAGCCAGGACCACAAGGGGAUGCAAGAAGCCGCCGGCCCUUCCAUGAACGUGAACCAGAAUUGCAUGAGGGAAGCCGUCGUCAGCCGCGUGAACAAAGGGAUGUUUGGAGCCACUCUCAGCCCCGCGAGCCUGAUCCACGAGUGGAUGAGAGGAGUCAGCCUCGGCCCCGCCAACCUGAACUGCAAGUAUAUGAAGGAAGCGGCCAUCCGCUACGUGACAGAGAACAAGGAGAGUCACGGGACCGCUCUCUGCCACUUGAUCCUGAAACACAAACCUAUGAGAGAAGCCGUGUUCAGGCACGUGACCCUGAACCACAGAGGGAUGGCCAGACGCGUGAGCCACGUGACUCUGAAUUGCAAUUGGAUGAGAAAAGUCUCUGUCAGCCACGUGCCCCUGUACAACUAGGGAAUGGAAGGAGACGUUAUCAGCCACGUGAGCUAGAACCAGAAGCAAAUGAGGGGAGUUGCUAUCAGCCACGUGGCCCAGAGCAACAAAGGAACUUGCAGAGUCGUGGCCAGCCACGUGAGCCUGAGCAACGAGUAAAAGAGGGGAGUCGCUCUCAUCUACCUGAGCAGGUACAACAAGGGGAUGCACAGUCCCGUUAUGUGCCCCUCGAGACUAGACCACAGGCACAUGAUGGAAGUCGCCGUCAGCUGCAGGAGCCCGAGAUACAGCAUUAUGAAGGGAAUUGCCAUCAGUCACAGAACCCAGGACAACAAGGGGACGUGAGAAGCCACUAUCGGCCACAUGAGCCAGCACAGCAAGUGCACAAGGGAAACCGCCAAGAGCUGCAUGAAUCUGAAACACAAAAGGGCGAGGGGAGCCAACGUCAACCUCGAGAGCCAAAAGAGCAAGUCUAUGAGGGAAGCCACCGUCCGACUCCCCUCUGUGACCCCGAACCACAAAGGGCCGUGCAGAACAGCGGUCAGUCACGGGACCCUACUCCACAACAGGAGGAGGUGAAUUGCCAUCAGCCACGUGAGCCUGAACCCAGGGGGGUUGCAGGAAACGUCCAUCAGCGCCAUGAGGUGUUGCCACCAAGGGAUGACCAAAGCCUCCUACCUCCAGAUCAGCCUGUGCCACAGCGGGGUGACAGCAGUGAUGACCCACAACCUGAGGUCAGACCUCAUGACCGAAGCCUCCCACAACCCCUGGAGCCUGAACAUCAAGGUAAUGAGAGGACCCAACGUCAAACACUUGAGCCUGAGCGCCGGGAGGCCGAGAAGAAUGGCCAACGGCCCUACGCUCCUGACCCGAAGAGGGACGAUGAGAUCUGUCAUCUGGUAUCUGCCAAGCAAAGGGAUGAUGGAGGAAGGCAGCCCCAGUCACGUGAAACCGAGCCACGAGGGGGCACAGGCACCCGCCUUCAACAACGUGAAUCCGAAGCCCAGGGCAACACGGCAACCUCCCGUAAUCCCCGGGAACCUGAAGCGCAAGGACCUGAGCGGGCUCGUCAGCCACGGUACCCUGAGUCACAAGGGGUCGAAAGCAGCCGUCAACCGCAGAAGGCUGCACCCCAAGAGGGUGAGAGGGACAACCAACUGCCCCAAAAAGCUGAACCCCAAGAUGGUGAGAGAAACAGGCCUCAGGCAGGUGAAGCUAAGCCAUCGAAGGAGGAGGCAAGCCAGCGUGAGCCACACAAUCCCAACUCAAUGGAUGACAACAGGAGCCGUGCAGCACCCACACCUCCACCCACUGGAGAUCCAGGCAGCCAGACUCAGCCACGGGAAGGAGAACCACGUGACGGGAGUCGCCACCAGAGCAACAGGCCUGAGGGUAGAGGGGAUGAGGGGAGCCAGCCCCGAGCCUAUGAGCCUGGAUGCAGAGCAGGAGCCACAGUACCAAGCCAGACGCCAGAGCGCGGGCUGCGAGAGGGCGAGGGAAGCCGGCAACAACCGUGGGCACUGGAAGCACCGGCAGAGGGAGGAAGCCGCCAGCAGCCACCCCAGGGAGAUGCAGCAAGCCAGCGCCAGCAGGAGAUUGCACCUGAACAGGCUGAAGGCAGCCACCAUCUGCCAAGAGAGCCUCUGGCACAGCUGCAAGAGGAAAGUCCCACUCGAGCAGCAGAGUCCCAAGAAGGGGAGCAGAGUCACCACCCUCCUGAACCCGUAGUCUCCCAGGAGAGGCUGGGGGACCCUAGUCUGGAUGAAGCCAAGGCCUCCCUGCCUUGCAGUCCACUCUAUGUGUAUCUCCUGGCGCAGAAGGCCGAGCAGCAGCUUUGCCCUGUGCCAGCACCUCAGGAACAACCAUAGGAGCUUGGAGGGCCAACAAGGCCAUGCCUACUUUGUUCGGGGCAGUUGACAGUUCUGCUCAUCUGCCUUUGCUUUAGUAUGCCCAGAUCCUUGCUACUGCACUUUUCUUAUUAGGUUUUGUAGGGUUUCUUCUGUCUAGCCUGCAUGAGCUUCUUACUAAGUCUAACAUGUCCAAGACAUGGGGCUAGAGUAUGCUUUGGCCAUGGGCGGCAUCUCCUGGGGUUUCACGCAGAUCUUGGGAUCCACAAGCUAACGAACGGGAUGGAGCGGGCUCGAUGGCUAUCCGCACGGGACAGAGAAGCAUUCCAGACUAAAGACUUGCCACCUCUCUACGUCACACUGACCCACCUUCCUGCCUAUCUACACUUGUGUCCGUCUGCAUCCAUCCACCCAUCCUGAACCCUCCUACACCACUAUCUUUUCUUUCUUUUUUUGGCCGCCAGUGUUCAUAUGGUGCUCAGGAGUGUGGUUCUGUGCUAGGCUGCUGCUUGAGUUGAGCCACACAAAAUCUUCAUCGAAAAGUCAAGCUGGCUGGAGGUCACACCUCAUCCAACCCCCUGCUCAAAGAAGAAUCAUUUCUAUCUAAACCCUCCCAUCUCGGUGUGUCUGUCAGUAAUUGCUGGGCCUUGAAGUCUGGAGGCAUUUAGGGUAAGAAGGAAGUAUUUGAUAGCUGUUAGCUCUACCCCCCGCAUCCCCAGUGGCUAAGCAGACUUAGCUCCCAUCUCCCCCAUGUCUUGAGGCAGACAAAUUAUGCUCUGGGGACCGUCUCUUAUUCCUGCUGCUCUAUUGCAUGAAAAUUCCCAAUAAAUAGCUGAUGAAUGA